AGCAAAGAAGCCCCCUCCCCCAAUCCGUCUCCUUCCAUCCAUCCAAUCAAUCACUCACUAUUUCACUAAACUACCUAGUGUUACCUACUGCCCUUUUGCGGCUUCUCUUCCUAGCGGACACCUACCAGUCGCCUGACGCCAAUUGCCAAGUGUCUAACCCGAACCCCGGUCAGCUAAUGCCGGUCUUCUUGCCCGUGCUUGAAUUGCUUGAUUAUUCAUUCAUUCAUUCAUUGAUAUUAUCGGCCCCCUCCCCCAACCCUCCCAGUCGCUUGACCAUUAUUGCUUCGUUCUUCAAUCUGCUACUCUUCCUCCCCUCCCCUCCUGCCAACGCCUGCUCCCACAUCACGUCCGCACGUCCGCUCCCCUACCAGCACCAGCUCUCCAGCUAUUACUACCCUGCGCUUGUAGCAUCUGACACCGACGAUCCAGGCUCCAUCUCCAGCGAACAGGUCCCGAGCAGGCGGAGCGCUGAGUCGCGGUCUGGUCUCUCUGAACCAUCCAGCAAAACCUCAGCCCUGCGACUCCUCCAAAUGACGACAGUCUCCUAGCAGCGGAUCCGCUGAAUUAUAGCCUCUACAGUAGGAGCCCCCGGUUGUGCACCCAGGCCCGCGGUGCUGGGAAGGGCACCUCCGGCAACAUGGAUCACAUGCUGGUGCUGCCUCCUCCGUCGCAGUCCCCGACACCCUCGCAGCUAAAAUCACAAGACGCGAGUGCCGCUGUCUCCUAUCCGGACUACGAGCGCCGCUCAACACCAGCGGCGUUCCACGAACCAACUUUGACGAUGCACUCGUCCCACCUAAACAGCCUGCCGCUACCGCCCAUCUCCCAUCCAGGCGACCCAACCUCGCGAUCCUUCCCCCACCACACUGCCGAGCUGGCCCCGAUCCAGCCGCCGCACGAGAAGCCUGCCAUUGGGGCCGCGCAAACUCUGCCGUCACUCUCCUCCGUCACUGGCGCGCAGACUCCUCGCCUGCCCUCGCUGUCUGCAGCCUCAGAGUCUUCGUAUUCUCCCCUGUCUACGGCGAGCACAUCGACAGUAAUCACCGCGACCACAAACAAGACGGUCGCUUCUCCCAGUCUCCCCAUCAAUCAUUGGCCGAGCCUGAAUCCCUUCACCACAUACUACACACCGAGCCACGUGCAGGGUUCCGAAUCGUCCAUGAACGCGGACGUGACCAGCGGCAAACCAAGUCACCACAGGGCUACCAGCGUCAGCCUCGAUGACCCGGGGGUGCGUGCCGCCGCCGAGGCUCUGGGGCGCCUGCGAACAGUGGACACCAUGCCCCACGACAGCGACGGCCGGCGCAACCGGACUCCCGAGGCGUACCAAGUGGGCACGCCCAACUCCCAGGAGAGCUCCAGCGAGAGACAGCAGGAGCCCCUGCUGUCAUUGAUCACUACGUCUUACCCCAGCAUCGCCCCUGUUGCGUCAUAUCUAGAGAGUGCCACGUCGGUCUGCAAUACGGCCUAUACAAACUCCAAAAACUAUUCGCCCGUCCUCAGAAGGAAUGCCGAGUACAUAGAGGACCGAGUCGUGAAGCCGGUCGCCAAGACUGUAGGGAGAUAUGGCGGACACGGGCUCAGGUGGUGGCUGCAGAAGCCGGGCAGGAAGCAGCGCUCACCGUCCGACUUGGAAGAUGGGCGACAGGGAGUGAAGCGACGGAAGGGGGACACGGACAGAGAAUCAGCCAUCGCGGCCCGCGUCAUGGCCGAUUUUGACAUAGGUUCUAAGGAUCGACGCACCUCGGUCAGCACGGUCGACACGUUGCCUGCCUAUGACGACCAGAGGUCGCCGGCCUACACCGAGAGGGCUGACGAGCAGAGGGGGCCGAACUCUCAGGAUGAAGAGUCUGGGAGCUAUAAGCUGUGGGUUACGACGUCCAGUCUCCGCGUUGCCAUGCAGGAUGAGAGCAAGAAGCGUCUCCGGGUUCUCAUCGGGGUGCUGAGCAACACCAACGGGCGGAUCACUGACUUCUUCGAGAGCCUGACCAAGGCGGUGGAGGAGUAUGAUCGCUCCAUCGCGGCAAAUCGCGAAGAUGUUGCCAUGGAUGGCCAAGACGAACACAGUCACAAUGAGCUUUCGACACGCAUCAUGACCCUCGUUGACGGCAUAACCAAGACGAGCGCAGCGACGGUCGACAUGGUCAACAAAUGCGCUGCGAGUGCCCUGCCAGAUAACGUCAAGGCCUUUGUGGCUCGUCGACUGAUAAGCUUGCCCGCGCAGUGGAAGCUCAUGGCGUCGCAAGAAGGGCCGGACGCGCCCAGGGAAGGUGGCGACGAAGCAGCAGCAAUCCGUCACAGAGCACACUCGGCAUUGGCGCUGGCCAAGGUGUCUCUCCAGAUUAUGACGCAAAUCACCGAUGUCCUCAACAUGACGCUGAACGCUGUUGAGGAAUGGUGCGAGAACCAAAACAAAAACGAGAGCUCCCAGCCAUCUUCCCCAAUGGGUGUUCAGGGGCCGGUGGGCGUAGAUGGGGACGUCAAGAUGUCAGAUUGA